AUGGAACCCAGUGAAAUGCCUGCUGUCCACCCCUGCCCCUCAGACUCUGCCACGGGGGGUGAGACUAGAGCCCCCCAGGGCAUGGAGCUCAUCCCCAGGAGAGCUGUCAGUCGCUCUCCAACCUGCGCCCGCUGCCGCGGUCACGGUAUCACUGCCCACCUCAAGGGCCACAAGCGCCUCUGCCUCUUUCAGGCUUGCGAGUGUCACAAAUGUGUCCUCAUCUUGGAGCGCCGAAGAGUCAUGGCUGCCCAGGUGGCCUUGCGUAGGCAGGAGGAGGCGCAGCUAAAGCGGCACCUGGCUCAGGGACUGAUGAGAGGGGCGGCUCCUCCCAACGCUCCCAGCCGUGUCAAGAAGGGAGUCACUCCACCAGGGGUCCACCCUGGAAAGGAGAACAUAGCACCCCAGCCUCAGACUCCCCACAGGGCAGUCCCACUGGCACUGACCCCCCCUGAGAAGAACUCCCGGGGGCCCCUGCUGCUCAGCUGUCGCCCAGAAGCCUUGCCUUUGCCCUGGACUCCAGUGCCUCCAGGCCCUUGGGCCGCUGGAUGCUGGCUGCCUCCAGGCCUUUCCGUGCCAACCCCAGUGGUGUGCCGCUUGCUAUGCCGAGAACCUGCUGUCCCUCUGCAUCCUUUCCCUGGCUUUGACCCUGGCACUGCCCUCUGGCUGCCCACUCAUGGGCCCCUCCCAGCCUGCACAGGAUCCCGCGCAAUACUGAUGGCUCCUCUUUCUGGAGAAUCCCAAGGGCCCUCUACCCUGCCCCACACAUGCUCGACUCUGAUACUUCAGCCCUGUGACACCCCAGACCCCCUUCUGCUGCAGCCACAGGCCCCCGGAGCCUCUCACCUGGCCCGGACCUCUGACCCCUCAGAGUGGCAGCUGCAGUGGGAGGCAGCCGAGGCUCUUGUGGGACUGAAAGAUUCACUUCAGGCUCCCCGCCUGACCCCUUCUGGUCCUUCCAGCCGUGCCUGGAUUUCCGUGCUCCACACCUGUGGCCCACCAGCUCCUGCUGAAGAAAAAGGAUUCCAGCCUGUUGUCCCCUCUCUCUGA